AUGUCUGGAUGUCAGUCAGUAGAGGAAGGAAAAAGGAUUAAAUUAGAAAUGGAAAGACUGCUAAAAGGGGGAGGAUUUGAACUUCAGAAAUGGCUGACGAACAAUGAGGAAUUAGCGAAGGAAAUAGCAUUAGAGAAGGCAGCUCAGGAAGGACAAGUUGAAAUAAAAGUUAAUGAUGUAGUGAAAAUAUUAGGACUUACCUGGGAUCGAGAAUCUGAUAGCUUCAGGUAUUCAGCAACAUUUCCUUUGCAGUCUGGAUCUAUAACUAAAAGGAGAGUUAUUUCAGAAAUUUCUCGUCUGUUUGACCCAUUAGGAUGGGCAGCGCCAUGCGUGAUUCCAGCCAAAAUAAUGAUUCAAAAACUAUGGCUUUCCGGCAUUGAAUGGGAUGAAGAAUUGCCGGAAGAGUUAUUGAGGGAAUGGAAGACUUACCAAGAAGAACUUCUGAAAAUCUCUGAAUUUGUUAUACCGAGAUGGCUGGAAAAAAGGGAUAGCGAUGAAGUUGUUGAGCUGCACGGAUUUUGUGAUGCAUCCAAUAUGGCGUAUGCAGCCGUUGUUUAUAUUCGAACAAUCAGACCGGAUGGAAUCAUCAAAGUCAAUUUAGUGACGGCCAAAACCAAAGUUGCUCCCAUUAAGCAACUCUCAAUCCCUCGUCUGGAACUAAUGGGAGCAAAACUAUUAGCCAAAUUAGUCUCAGAAGUGGCUGAAGUAUUAGCUAUAGUAAAAGAAAGAGUUCAUUGUUGGACAGAUUCAACUGUUGUUUUGGCGUGGCUGAACCAACAUCCUAGCCGAUGGACUACAUUUGUCGGCAAUCGGGUAUCUGACAUAUUGUCCCAUUUAGAUAAUAGUCACUGGGGAUAUGUUAGGUCUGCUCACAACCCGGCUGACAUGGCUUCACGAGGUACAACACCUUCGUUUCUUGCAAUAUCAUCGCUAUGGAAACAUGGUCCAGAAUGGUUACUUAAAGAAAACAUCGACUACACCAAACCGAAAUCAAUUUCAACGGAUUUGGAGAAGAAACCAGUAUCAAAAUCUGUUAAAGCACAUCUAACAACCAAUGAAGAUAAUCCGUUAUGGGUAAAGUAUUCAUCACUUCAAAGGUUGAUUAGAGUUAUAGCAUACUGUAGACGUUUUUUAAGACGUAAAGAACGUAGGGAAUCAUACUUGACCAGCGAAGAAUUGUCGGACGCUUUGGAAAUCUGUAUCAGAAAAUAUCAAGCUCAAGAGUUCAAGAAAGAUAUAAAUAGCAUCAAGAAAUUAGGAGUUGUCAGCAAGAAAAGUAAACUUAGACCUUUAUGUCCCUGGAUAGAUAAUAAGGGAAUAUUAAGAGUAGGUGGUAGGAUACAGAAGUCUAACAUGACUGAGAGUAUGAUACAUCCUAUCAUAAUUCCAUCUAAAAAUCAUUUUUGCACGCUACUAGUGCAAGAAGCACACCAAAAUACUCUACACGGAGGUCCAACAUUGAUGUUGAAUUAUUUACGGUCCAAAUAUUGGAUCAUAUCUGCGAAGAAUAUGGUUAAGGCCUGCGUUCGCAAAUGUGUAACAUGUGCUCGACAAUCAGCCACAAUAACAAACCAAUUCAUGGGACAAUUACCAACCUGUAGAGUAACACCAGCUCGACCAUUUUUGCAUGUUGGAGUCGACUUUGCCGGUCCUAUCAACCUUAGAGUAUCUAAAGGUCGUGGCAAUAAAUCUUACAAAGGCUACAUCUGUUUUUUUGUGUGUAUGACUACGAAGGCAGUACACAUAGAAGCUAUCAGUGAUCUCACCGCUCAAGGAUUUAUAGCCGGUUUUAAAAGAUUUGUCGCCAGGAGAGGACACUGCAGCGACAUUUGGAGCGACAAUGGAAAGAAUUUCGUUGGUGCUUCCAAAGAACUACAAUCAUUGGUUGCUGCUGAAAGGUCAGCAGUUGCUAAUGAAAUUCGAAGUUGGUUGAGUACUAAAAGCGUUAAGUGGCAUUUUAUUCCUCCUCAUGCCCCAAAUUUUGGCGGACUUUGGGAGUCUGGGAUCAAAUCCACUAAAUACCACCUAAAGCGUGUCAUCGGUGAUUCAACCCUUACCUACGAAGAAAUGUUCACCUUACUAGCUCAAAUUGAGGCGUGUCUCAAUUCCAGACCGCUUUCCCAGCCGCAUCAGAAUCCCGACGAUCCAAUAGUGCUAACACCUGGUCACUUUUUAAUUGGAGAACCUCUGGUUCUAGUGCCGGAACGCAAUUACGAAGUGGGCAACGUCAGUACAUUGAGGAGAUGGCAGCUAUUGCAACGAAUGACUCAGGAUUUCUGGCGACGUUGGUCCAAGGAAUACUUGGCUUAUAUGUUGCAGCGGUAUAAGUGGCCACAAAAAGAAACUGAGCCGAACAUAGGCCAGGUAGUUCUGGUGAAAGAGGAUAAUCUACCUCCUGGCAAAUGGUUGCUAGGAAGGGUAAUAGAGAAACAUCCGGGUUCGGACGGACUCACUAGGGUUGUGACCCUUAAAUGCAACGGGUCUAGUAUUAAGAGACCAACAAAUAAGUUGUGUGUUUUACCUAUUGAUUAG